AUGUCGGAAGGAAGUGCUUUAGCUGCUUUGCAUGACCUUUUGUUUCGGCUCGGUGGCUUCCUGCACGAGGUCUCUGAGACUAGCCCCUGGGCGGAUAGCAGCAGCUGGAAGGCCCUGAAUGCGGAAGCCUUCUUGCACUCCAACCACAUCAAGCGCGACUGCUAUGCCACAAGCAACACAUGGACAUUUCGCAAGCUGAUGGCAGCCGAAGGACAGUCGACCCCGGAGGUUGUAACGAUGCACAUCCGCCCCACCGUCCCCCUCGCCCGCAGGGUGUAUGGUUCACAGUCCUGCGGAGUGAGAUCGAUCUCCUUUUCUGGACAUGAGCGAUCUUCUCUCGCCCCCGUGUCUCUGCAACCUGCUCUUUCGGGAAAUCGCGACUUCACCCAACGUCGGAAGGAAGUGUUUUCGCCGCUUUGCUUCAGUGAGCCGCUUUGCUUCAGUGAGCCUUGCACGACCUUUGUUUCGGCCCGGUGGCUUCCUGCACGGCGUCUCUGA